CUCACCCCACCACCCUCUCUCUCUCUCUCUCUCUCUCUCUCUCUGAAGACCAGCCGGCCAUGGGUUCCGUCAAGAACGCGGUGCAGCUGACGCCGGAGGAGGAUGAGGAGGCGUGCAUGUACGCCAUGCAGCUCGCGAGCGGCUCCAUCCUACCCAUGACGCUGAAGGCGGCCAUCGAGCUCGACCUCCUCGAGAUCCUCACCAAGGCCGGCCCGGGCGCCAGGCUGAGCCCCGCGGACGUGGCGGCGCAGCUGCCCACCGAGAACCCGCACGCCGCCGUCAUGGUGGACCGCAUGCUCCGCCUUCUGGCCGCCUACAACGUCGUCAGCUGCACCGUCGAGACCGACGCCGAGGGGAGGCCGUCGAGGACGUACGGGGCGGCCCCGGUGUGCAAGUACCUGACCAAGAACGAGGACGGUGUGUCCAUGGCUGCUUUAGCUUUGAUGAACCAGGACAAGGUCCUCAUGGAGAGCUGGUACUACUUGAAGGAUGCGGUGUUGGACGGUGGCAUCCCCUUCAACAGGGCGUACGGCAUGACGGCGUUCGAGUACCACGGCACCGACCCCCGCUUCAACGCGGUGUUCAACGACGGCAUGAAGAACCACUCCAUCAUCAUCACCAAGAAGCUCCUCGACAUCUACCGCGGCUUCGACGACGUCAACCGGCUCGUCGACGUCGGCGGCGGCAUCGGCGCCACCCUCUUCAUGAUCACCUCCAAACACCCUCACAUCCACGCCAUCAACUUCGACCUCCCCCACGUCAUCUCCGAGGCGCCGCCCUUCCCAGGAGUCGAACACGUCGGCGGAGACAUGUUCGCGAGUGUUCCCUCCGGAGAUGCAAUCUUGAUGAAGUGGAUUCUCCACGACUGGAGCGACGAGCACUGCACGAAGAUACUGAAGAGCUGUUGGGAAGCAUUGCCGGAGAAGGGGAAGGUGAUAGUGGUGGAGUGCGUUCUACCGGUGGUUCCGGAGCCGACUCCCCGAGCUCAGGGCGUCUUCCACGUCGACCUCAUCAUGCUGGCUCACAACCCGGGUGGGAAAGAGAGGACGGAGGAGGAGUUCCAUGGCUUGGCCAAGCAGGCCGGCUUCUCCGGGUUCAAAGCCACCUACAUCUUCGCCAACGCUUGGGUGAUAGAGUUCACCAAGUAGAUUGCACUUCCCAUGGGUCACCGAGUCAGUCAUAUAUGCUUCUUGCAGGUUUCCGGCUUGAGCGAGUUCAUAUAUCGUUUUCUUGAGUUCAUCGUAGCUUUCAAUAUUGAAACAUGAAAACAACGAUGUAAACAUAAAAAAAUAUGAUUAUGUUAUUAUAUGAAAAUUUUUAAUAUCAUAAAUUGAAAUUAAAUAAUGAUAGAUCAAAUUAAAUAAUAAUCUUUUGCCUACACAAAGGUCGAUCAGAACGGUAGAGUUGUAGUUUGCUUGAAGGAAUGGACUAUCGAGGCUGCUCCCACAAAGGAAGGCAAUGAGAGAUGGUGAGUGGGUUCCCAAAGGAGUGCGUGCAGUGCACUCAAUCAACCAUGUUUGGUUUUGAGUGUUUCUCAUAUUAGUCGAGUCUUUUGCAUCCUAUCUUUCUGUGUUUGCUACUCGAGUGGGUCGGUUUCUUUAAUGGCAAGGAGGAGGAACAUUUCUUGCCUCCUGUGUUGUGUUGUGUUGCGUUGAUGCGUCGGAGGUCUCCGUGUUCCGUCUUUAGAAACUCACAUGAAGAUUCUGUUCUUGGCUGUCUCAUUUGACGGUGUAUAUAAGUAAAGAAGGACAUGGGAUCAUUUAUUUUUCUA